AUGCAUUUGCUGCGGCAUGUGGCGGCAGGUGGAGCCGGGUUGUCCCGACCGAACAGUGCGCUGGCAUGGGCCCGUGCGGCCGGGUGCGGCGGCCGGGUGCUACCGCUGCCUGCCAACGCGUCAGUCAGCGUGCUCGACUCGCCGACGGCCUUCCACGCCCACCUGGUGACCAAGGCCAAGGCUGCCCGCACCCGCAUUCUCCUUGGCACGCUGUAUGUGGGUGGCGGUGAGAAGGAGGAUGCGCUUCUCGCUGCUGCCGCAGAGGCUGCUGUGUCAGCCGCCGGGCCGCCUGCAACGCGACUGCGGCUGCGGGCCCACGUCGACUACCAUCGCGGACAGAGGGCGCAGGAAGGCGGGAGCUCGGCAGAGAUGCUGGCACGGCGGCUGCUGGCAGAUGAGGUGAGAGAGGGAGCGGAUGUGAGGGUGACGCUGUUUCGAUCGCCGCGGCUGCCGCAGGCGCUGGCACCGGCGGUCCCGGCCAAGUACCGCGAGGCUGCGGGCGUCUCGCACCUCAAAGUCCUUGUCUUUGACGACGAUGUGGUGCUGACGGGCGCCAAUCUCUCGCACGACUACUUUACCAAUAGGCAGGACCGCUACGUGGUGCUGAGCGGCGUGCCGGAGCUCGCAGACUGGUACGAGGAGGUGAUGGAUGCGGUGGCGGACGCCUCGCACCAGCUGGUGGCCGAUGGCAGUCUCCGCCCGCCGUCGCGAGGCGCACAAGCGGCGGCACGGGCAGCGCUGCAUGUGCUGGUGACAAAUCCAGGGAGCAAGCGUGGCGAUGUAGGGGCCGGAGCCGCGAGUGACGAGGAGACGGCAACGUGGCUGGUGCCGACGCUUCAGUUUGGCCCGUGGGGUCUUGAUCACGACGCGCGGGUGGCGCUGGCGCUGUUGGGUGGCGGAAUGUUGCGAGGCCGUGCACGGAUUCAACUCGCGCUGGCGUACAUGAACCUGACACCCGAGCUCGCGGACGCAGUGGUGGCGGCAGCCGGGCGUGGCGAGUGCGAGGGGGUGAGGGUGGUGACGGCGGCGCCCGAGGCGAACGGGUUUCACGGUGCGAGCGGGCUCCCGGGCUACGUCCCGUUUGUGUACUCGUGGCUGGCGAGCGAGUUCUACAGCAAGGCGCGACAGGCGCUGGCGCCGAUGGGUGCCGAUGACAAGCUAGUCAUGUACGAGUACGCCGCGCCUGGGCAGACCUUUCACUGCAAGGGGUCGACGCUGGUCGGCUCGACCAACUAUGGCGCGCGAUCGGCAGACAAGGACCUCGAGUCGCAGGUUGGCAUCUUUACGACAGACCCCGAGGUAGCGGCGCGGCUCGAGGCUGAGGCUGAGACGCUGGUGGCGCGGGCGAGCCGAGUGAGCGAGGCUACGUACAGCGAGCCGCAGCGGGCGUGGCCGGGCUGGCUACCGGUGGUGGCGAAGCGAGUGAGCCAAUUCUUCUGA